AUGCCCGAAGUCAAUAAUUUAUCUAAAGAAAACGUAGUAGAGAGUAGUAUAAUAGGAAGCAAAUUAGCAGAUGAGGACUUAAAACUGAAUACACAAUCUAAUUCUGGUGAUAAAAUAGUGAAUAAUAGUAAACCUAAACCCACUGAAAUAAACCCUAUUGAAAAAAUAUCGCAAGAACCAACUACAAAUGCAUCCACUGGACAAGCUACCGUCAGUUCAUCUAAUUUUAAUACUAGGAUACUAUGGCCUGAUCUUAUCAAGAUACCAACAAAUAAAUGGGUUUAUGAAUGCAAAGAAAUAAUAGAUAAAUUAGGCCAUGUUAAUAGUGUGAUUGAAGAAACAAAGAGAAAUUUAGAAAAAUGUUUAUUGUAUUUUUACACACUAAAGAAAAGGUUAGAUUUAUUUGACCAUACUUAUACUGCAUCAUGCAUUUUAUUUUUUCGUUAUUGGUUUGUAUAUGGCAUUCCAAACAGCAUGUUAGAUUGUGUCCAUAUAGCACAAGCCAUAUUGGUAACAGCAUGUAAAAGUUCGGAAAAUAAUAGACCGAUAGAUGCAUAUGUCAAAGCUACAUGCGAUUUUAUCUCAAGAGAAAUACAAGGGAAUAAGAUUGUCAAUAUUGAUAAAAUGAAAUGGGACAUCAGAGAUAAAAUAGUUGAAAAUGAGAAAAAGAUACUUUGCAUGUUUGGAUUUGAUUUAAACGUAGAAAAUCCAAAAGAAAUAUUGGAAGAAAUGUUCAGUGGAUACUAUAGGUACAAUAGGGAUUAUAAUUUACCAGAAGAUUUUCAAAAGAUUUUUCCUAAGUUAUUACAAGAAGCAAGAAAUUUUAUCGUCCAAUCAAUAACACAACCAGUUUGCUUAUUAUUUAAUGGCCAAAAGUUUAUACAACUCGCAUUAAUUUUUACUGGUAUACAAUAUAAAAAGAUUGCUGAUAGUAAGUUUAAAUACCCAAAAAAUUUCUUCAAAAACAAAUUUGCAAGUACAAUUAAACCAGAAGAAAUGGAAGACUUAUUCACAGACUUUCGUAUUUUAGAAGAAAGUUUCUUUUCUUUAAAAAGUAACAAAGGAGAUAAAUUAUUUAUAACAAAACAGGAAAUUUCUGAUUUAAUUGAAGAAGAUGAAGUGGCCGACGAUAAAAUUAUAGAUCCAUAUAAUUACGACUCUAUGAAAUCUGGUGAAGUAAGGCAAGAAUUACUGGAUAACAUAGAGACACGGUUACAGGAUAUGUUCACUAAAAUGAAGAAAGACUAUCAAAAUAAGAGAGCCUCUUCAGGAACGUUGGAAGGAACACCAAAUAAAAAACAAAGUUAUAAAAUAAUGAUGCAUAGAAAAUUAUAA